CUCCUCCUCCUCCUCCCCCCUUUCCUUCCUUUGCAAGCCGCGCGGCGAUGGCGGCCAUGACCCGGGCGAUGGCGAGAUCGCGCGCCCUCCUCUCCCUCCCCCGGGCCCCCGCCGCCGUGCUCCCCUUCUCCACCGCCUCUUCGGCUUCGGCGCCCCAGGCUGCGGCGGCGGCGGCGGAGUCCGACCCCUCGGCCGGCGCAGGGGAGCAGCCAGCGCCGCCGCGGAAGCGGUGGGGCCCGCUGAAGUUUGGCGCCUUGGCGACCGUCUUCGGUGCUCUCGGCGCCGCGGGAUACUCCAGCUACGCUUAUACGCUCGAGGAGGUGGAUCAGAAGACGCUUGAGUUCAGGAAGAGCAUGACUACGCCUCGCUCUGUUGCGGAGAAUGCCUCCGAAUUUGAGAAAAUCCAGGCUAUGGUGUACUCAACGGCUAUGAAAGUUCCUGUUGCAGCAAUAGAAUUCUACAUGGAUGUUAGACACACAAUUGAGGAUCAUAUUCGGGGCUUUGCUGAACCCACGUCAGACAAAUUGCUACCAGAUCUAGAACCUCAAACUCAGCAUAUCUUCACUUUAGUUCUCGAUCUGAACGAAACACUUGUUUACUCUGAUUGGCAGCGUGAAAGAGGAUGGAGGACCUUUAAGAGGCCAGGAGUUGAUGCUUUUAUAGAACACAUGGGAAAAUUUUAUGAAGUUGUUGUGUAUUCUGAUCAGUUGCCUAUGUAUGUUGACCCUGUGCUUGAAAGGCUGGACACAAAAGGUUUCAUCACAGGCAGGUUGUCAAGACCUGCAACUAAGUAUCAAGAUGGUAAACAUUAUCGGGAUUUGUCAAAGUUGAAUAGGAAUCCUGCGCAAGUUAUCUAUAUCAGUGGGCAUGCUCUUGAAUCUUGCUUACAGCCAGAAAAUUGUGUUACGAUUAAACCUUGGAAACUUGAAGCUGAUGACACCCAGCUGCUGGAUCUGAUCCCAUUUCUAGAGUAUCUUGCCAUGGCUAGACCUGCUGAUAUUAGGACUGUGCUUGCUUCCUAUCAAGGUCAUGAUGUCGCUGCAGAGUUUAUCGAGCGUUCAAAGGAACACCAGAGGCGUAUGCAAGAGCAGAAACAUCAGGGGCGCAUAUGGCGACGAUAAUGAGUCUAAUCUGCAGGAAGGAUGAAGCUCCAAUUGACUCAUCUAUCCUAGUUUUUUUGCCUUAGUUUUACUUUUUGGGAGAACAUGUUUAGCCUUCUGUCCAAGCACCUGAAGUCAAGCUGUUGAAUGCGAUGAAAAAUUGAAAUGAUAGCAUGCAACAUUAUCAGUUUAGGUUGCAAAGCAUUUCGGUAAAUGUCAGCCAUCAAAUCGCCAUUUUGUAGUUCAAGGAUUCAAUUUGUUGACCAUUUUAGACUGACUGCGUUUUUUUUC